AUGAGAUUCUAUGUUACAAAUUGUAUUUUAUCUUUAUCGAACGGAUCAUCAGUGUUAAUGGACACGCAGUUUGGAAGGUUCCAGCAAUUUGGAGAUGGACCUACAAAAGAAAACGUCACCUUAUGGCGUAGUAAUUGUACAGUUUCUGAAUCUUCAACCGAGAAUACAGAGAAAUUAAAAGAAAAAAUCAAAGAAUUGGAACAUG